AAAUACCUGUGCAGUGGGCGGGUCCUCGCGUGAGCUUCUCAACGGAUGUUCAAAUGAGGUUUUGUUGUGAUUUAAACGUCAGGCCGUGGCGCUGCGAACGUUGUGGCGUUAAACCCCAGGCUUUUUAAACUACAGCUCAAUCAAAGAUGGCGUGCAGAACUAUACGUUCGGAGUACAUGAAGAAAUUCAAAGACCCAAAAUGGGAGACAUUCAGAAAGUGUUAUGAGGAGAUGCUGAUUUAUAGGAUCAGCCGCAGGAUACUUGAGCAGGCACACAUUCCCUGGUUCUGGAAUGGACAAGAUGAUAGUGACUCGGAGUCGGUGGAGAUAAAGCAAACCCCGUCUGCUGGUCAAAACCAAGUCGAGGCUGAGCAGGUGCAUUGUGGGGGGGCUAAGACUAUACCACGGUUACUUUUGCAGGAACAAGAGCAGGAGAACGAAUUGUCUGUGCGGAAAACUACAGGUUCUCCGUGUGAUGGUGAAAAAGAGACAAGAGUUCCAGAGGAGGAAGAAGAGGUCAGGGGAGAGGAAAGAAUGAGCGGAAGAGGCAGCAAAAAGUUAUCCUUUCCUAACAGAAAUAAACCUCCCGAGAGACACGCACUCCAGCAGACGCAACAGGCCACAGCUCCCACAUCUUCAAAACAUCCAUCGCACCCCCGUCAUCAUGUCAGGACUGCACCAGCCCAGCAGAACAGAGGGGACAGUAAAAAGAGCAGACACUCAUUUGCUCUGUACGCUUCCGGGCAGUUGAAUACAGAUAUCAGCGACAGAAAAACCCACAAUGUCGGCCCUGCCAUGUCAACUAAUCAGAUCCAUGAGUCAGCUCUCCGAGCCAAGACCAGGCGGCAGAUUGAGCGGCAGAUCUCUACCAAGAGGACAGAGAGACGCAAGUCAGCCAUUGGGGACAAAGGCAGGCAACUACUAAAAACUGAGUUCAACCCCUGGCUUACAGAGUACAUGCAUUGCUUCUCUGUUCACUCCCAAGUUCAGCCCAGCGAAAUUCUGUGAAGUGAAAACAGGAAAAAAAAAAA